GCGGAAGGAAUAUCCAGAUUUACACAACAAAGAUGGCGGCGCCCUGUAGAUAUGCGACGAGGUCGGCCGCAAAAGGUUUUUGCCAGGUCUGGCUACAGCAGUGGGCACAGGCACCUGUGCGCCCAUCCCUCUCUUGUCUACCUUGUCCGCAAGCUAUGUGUCAAUGGAGACAUCUGCACGGGAGUCAUACUCCAGCUCUGACAAACAUGAAGGUGGAAUCACACAAAGCAACUGGACAGAACAAUAACAAGACAGAAUCCAAAACAAAACCAGAAGAGGAUGAGGAAGAGGACGACGGACCAGAAUACAUCCCAAAGAGAAAGGCAAAAAACCCUAUGAUCAAAAUAGGUUAUGCAUGGAUGAUUGGGUUGCCCACUGGAAUCAUCAGCUUCAUCCUUGCCAAGAGAGAAGUAGACAAGAACCGACUAAAACAGCUACGGAUCCGGCAAAGAAUGAAGAAUGCUAAUGAAGGAGAAUACGAGAGUAACCGAUACAGGACCAUUUCAAAAAUGGAGUGAAAAACAAAAGCCUUUUUAUGGAAUUGUUGAAUGUGCACCAAAGUGGGUAGCACAGCUUUCAACUUACCCACAGUGAAACUGAUUUAAUAUUCUUUAGGAAAUGCCCUAGAAAUAUCAGAAAUACUGCAGGGCAGAUAAUGGGCACAUCAGCAAAGAAUGUUUGGCAACAGUUAUCACAAUUGAAAUGAUAGGUGUCAGACCAAAAAUUGCUAAAAGCCAAGUUGGCUAAUGGGCAAAAUGACAACACUUGAAAUAUGCAUAGCAUAUGGCCCCUCCGAUUAUGUAUAUAUGGGUAUGAUUGAAUAUAUGUUGAUGUAUAUAAAUACAGUAAGGACUAUUUGAGGUGUGUGAAUAAACUACCAUUCAUUGACCAAAA